AUGAAUGUAGCAGAGUUCAAGCGGGCGGUCCCAAGUAUACCGAGCAGUACGUAUCCCUCGGCCAGGAAGAAGACUCUUCUUCCCUCGCUCCUACCGUCAUCAAUAGAAAGUACCAACUACUUCCACUUCAUCGAUUACUUCAAAACCAACGUCUUCAACCCCCUUUACGUUGCUGAAUCUGUACGCACUUGGCGGACCUACACCACUAGGACGCGCCCACCAUUCAAUUCAACACUCACCCCCCAGACGGUAGAGUCGAGUGAGCGCUCGUGA